UUGGAAGGCAAAGGUGCCUGCUCACUGCGUGCACGUGAUAGCCUGCCCCGUGUGUGCUCCUGGUCACUCACCUCGGCCCUGUGCACGGCUGAGGUAGAAAACCUGGCCAGAAUGGCUUUCUGGUAGAUUCCCUGUGACCCCUGGGCCCUACCUACCAGGGAGUCUGGAGGUGGGCAGUCCAGAGCUGGGGCAGCAGCCCCCGGCCGCCAUCUGUAUUUCCAGACCCUUCCAUCUCUCCAUUCUGCGAUUUCAAAGUGCAGCUUUUGUCCUCAUGCCUGGUUCCUCGGGCCAUGUGGUGACUGUUCUGUCUCCAGCCUAGUGUUCCAGCAGCAAGUGGGGAAGCAGGAAGGGGUGGUAUCUAUAUCAGGAAAACACAAAGCUUCAGGAAGCCCUGCGUUUCCGGCUCCUUGGCAGGAAGAGUGUUGUACAGUCACCUCUGGUUGCCAGGAAGUCUGGGCCAGUGUCUGUGCUAAACAGAGUCAGGCUCUGUGAGUGGGAGGGGUUCUAGAAGUAGAUCUUGGGUAAACAAGGAGCAGGGGCUCCCACUGCCAUAACAGCCGGGGGUUUUAGGCUAUAGGUACUCGUGCCAAGAGUGGCUUAAGCCAUUGCAUGUUGGGUGCUGUAUCACGCAUCCAUUUCUCACAUCUCAAGUUCUGUACCAGUUGAGAGGAAGCCACAUGCCGUACACAGGCAGAUGGAGGUCAGAUGUGGGCUCUGGUGGUGAAGCCCAUUAGAGGCGUGGCUUUCUGUGACCUGGUGGUUGCUAAUACCUUACCCCAGAUUAGACAGACUUACCCACCCAGGCACCAGCCUGGCUGGGGCAAGUGUAGGGUGCCCUUGGCAGGAACACAUCCCUCUGCCUGGCAGGAGAACGGGCCAGCGUGCCUUUUUCUGUGGGCAGGCCCAGCCAAUGGAGGGGAGAGGAGGGUGAGGUUGAGCCAAGGAGGCCAGCUUCCUCCUGGCAGGCAUAUCGGUCUCCACUCAUCCUGUGGGGAAGCGUGAGCAAGCUGGAUUCUCAACAUAGGGGACCGGAGGAGUGGGGAGUAAGUGCCCCUCCCCAUGUGGGGAAGAGGAAACGAGCUGGAUUCUCAACACAGGGAACCCUGGGAGUGAGGAAGUGAAGUUUUUAUGUUUGGCAUGGAGCGCUUAAGAGGUGACUGAAGAAGUGCUCUCAUCUGCACAGAAUUGGUCUUCCUUCUACUCACAGCCAAGGAUUCCUCGGCCCUGGGAUCAGAGCAAAAGUUCACACUACAAGAGUUCUAAGACAGAAACAAUCUCCGCCAGUCAAGAAACCCUCAAAAGCAUUUUGCCAUGGACAUAGAAGAUGAAGAAAAUAUGAGUUCCAGCAGCACUGAUGUUAAGGAAAACCGCAAUCUGGACAACGUGGCCCCCAAAGACGGCAGUGUCCUGGGGCCUGGGGAGGGCACCCAGCUUUCCAAUGGGGGCGGCAGCAGCAGCAGCAGGAAGCGGCCCCUGGAGGAGGGCAGCAAUGGCCACUCCAAGUUCCGCCUGAAGAAGCGGAGGAGGGUGCCGGGGCCGGUCCUGCCCAAGAACGCCCUGAUGCAGUUGAACGAAAUCAAGCCCGGCCUGCAGUACACGCUGCUGUCCCAGACGGGGCCGGUGCAUGCGCCCCUGUUCAUCAUGUCGGUGGAGGUCAAUGGGCAGGUGUUUGAGGGCUCUGGCCCCACGAAAAAAAAGGCAAAACUUCAUGCUGCUGAAAAGGCCCUGCGGUCUUUCGUCCAGUUUCCAAAUGCCUCUGAAGCCCACUUGGCCAUGGGGAGGACCCUGUCGGUCAACACGGAUUUCACGUCUGAUCAGGCCGACUUCCCUGACACGCUCUUCAAUGGCUUUGAGACUCCAGAUAGGCUGGACCCGCCCUUCUACAUGGGCUCCAACGGGGACGACUCCUUCAGCUCCAGCGGGGACCUCAGCCUGUCGGCGUCCCCCAUCCCCGCCAGCCUCAUCCAGCCUCCCCUGCCCGUGCUCCCACCCUUCCCACCCCCCAGUGGGAAGAACCCGGUGAUGAUACUGAACGAGCUGCGCCCCGGACUGAAGUAUGACUUCCUCUCUGAGAGCGGGGAGAGCCAUGCCAAGAACUUCGUCAUGUCGGUGGUGGUGGACGGCCAGUUUUUUGAAGGGUCAGGGAGGAACAAGAAGCUGGCCAAGGCGCGAGCUGCCCAGUCGGCCCUGGCGGCCAUUUUUAAUUUGCACUUGGACCAAACACCGUCGCGCCAGCCCAUCCCCAGCGAGGGGCUUCAGUUGCAUUUGCCACAGGUGUUAGCAGAUGCCGUUUCUCGCCUGGUUCUGGACAAGUUUGGUGAUCUGACCGAGAAUUUCUCAUCCCCCCAUGCACGUAGAAAAGUUCUUGCUGGAAUUGUCAUGACAACAGGUACAGAUGUUAAAGAUGCCAAGGUAAUAAGUGUUUCUACAGGGACAAAGUGCAUUAACGGCGAGUACAUGAGCGACCGCGGCCUUGCCUUAAAUGACUGUCAUGCAGAAAUAAUCUCACGGAGGUCCUUGCUGAGAUUUCUCUAUACGCAACUUGAGCUUUACUUAAAUAACAAAGACGAUCAAAGAAGGUCCAUCUUUCAGAAAUCAGAGCGAGGAGGAUUUAAGCUGAAGGAGAAUGUCCAGUUUCAUCUGUAUAUCAGCACCUCGCCCUGUGGAGAUGCCAGAAUUUUCUCACCUCAUGAACCAAUACUGGAAGAACCAGCAGACAGACAUCCAAAUCGUAAAGCAAGGGGCCAGCUCCGGACAAAAAUAGAGUCCGGUGAGGGGACGAUCCCAGUGCGGUCGAACGCAAGCAUCCAGACGUGGGAUGGAGUGCUGCAGGGGGAGAGACUGCUCACUAUGUCGUGCAGUGACAAGAUUGCUCGGUGGAAUGUGGUGGGCAUCCAGGGGUCCUUGCUCAGCAUUUUCGUGGAGCCGAUUUACUUCUCGAGCAUCAUCUUGGGCAGCCUGUACCACGGGGACCACCUCUCCAGGGCCAUGUACCAGCGCAUCGCAAACAUAGAGGGCCUGCCCCCGCUGUACAUUCUCAACAAGCCUCUGCUGAGCGGCAUCAGCAAUGCAGAGGCACGGCAGCCAGGGAAGGCGCCCAACUUCAGUGUUAACUGGACGGUGGGAGACUCGGCCAUCGAGGUCAUCAACGCCACGACGGGGAAAGACGAGCUGGGCCGUGCGUCCCGCCUGUGUUCCCACAAACUUACUACGCUCCAAGAUCACAAAGCCCAACAUAUACCACGAGUCCAAGCUGGUUGCCAAGGAGUACCAGGCGGCCAAGGAGUGUCUGUUCAGAGCCUUCAUCAAGGCAGGGCUAGGAGCCUGGGUGGAGAAGCCCACGGAGCAGGACCAGUUCUCACUCACACCCUGACCCCACGGGGGCGGGGGCACGUCAGGGUCCCGCGUCGGGGUCCGGCAUCUCACACCUGACCCUGCAGGACGCAGCGUAUCGGGCAUCGGGGUCUGGGGUCAGGGUUGACGUCUUCACCCGGCAUCUCACACCUGACCCCAUGGAGCACAGCGCGGGGGACAUCGGGGUCCAGCCUCUCACACCUGAGCCCGCAGGGUGCGGCGCGGGGCACAUGGGGUCCAGCGCCCUCACCUGGCCUCUGCACGGCAGUAUUUCCCCUUUCUAAAUUACCCGGCAACUGCUUUCAUUCUUAGUUUAUGUUUAGAGAUUGAGUUCUACUGAGUAGGGCUUCCUUAAGCUUAGAAAAAUAGUAAUUACUUUGUGUGAAAGUAUUGAAUAAAUAAUUUAUUCAAAGCUAGGAACAUGGUUUAUAAAAUAAGAAGUAAUUAUGUCAGAUCAAUUUCUGCCACAUUAUUUUAAUUGCAAACAAGUAUUUACGUGUGGAGAAGGGUAAGAAAAUGGGGUUAGCCCCUGCUCUCUGUAGGCACUCACCCUGGUUAGCCAACUUGGCAGACGUUACAGACCUCCCCCCGGGGAACGCCUAGCACAAUGUGGCUCCUGACACAGGGACCUCAUCUGCCAGAGCUGUGACCCUGACCCUUGUAGCCUCCAAACUCUUCUAGAAGCUUCUGUGCUCCUCGUAGGAUUGUAUCCUGGAGACAUUUACUUGCUUUACUUUCAAGUAAUCAGAGAUGAAAAUACAUCCAGGGACCCUCUGCUGGCCAUGCAUUUGGGUUUUUAAAAAAUAUUUGACUUGAUAAAAAUCUUUAUAAAAGACUAGGAGUCCAUAGCGGCUACUCCAUUUCUUCCCCUUAACCUCACGGGUAUGAACGGCUGCCCAGAGAUCUUUACAGGAAGGAAGGUAGGUCAAGUAGAUGAUUAUUUUUGGGACGCUCCACUGAAAAGGUAUUUUUAAAUUAUUCUUUUCAGCUUUAUCAAAGAAAUGUUUGAGAAACAAAAAGUGUUCGGGCUUGAAGGCUCACAAGCAGUGCAGUGCUGGUGAGGGUGGUCUGGAGUUGCCCACCGCUGGUGAGGGUGGUUUGGAGGUGCUAACUGGUGGUGUGGGUAGUCCGGAGGUCCUCACAGCUGGUGAGGGUGGUCUGGAGGUCCUCACUGCUAGUGAGGGUGGUCUAGAGGUCCUCACUGCUGGGAGGGUGAUCUGGAGGUGCUCCCUGCUGGUGAGGGUGAUCUGGAGGUCCUUACAGCUGGUGAGGGUGGUCUGGAGGUGCUCACUGCUGGUAAGGGUGGUUUGGAGGUCUUCACUGCUGGGACGGUGAUCUGGAGGUGCUCACUGCUGAUGAGGGUGGUCUAGAGGUCCUUACAGCUGGUGAGGGUGGUCUAGAGGUCCUUACAGCUGGUGAGGGUGGUCUAGAGGUCCUCACCACUGGUGAGGGUGGUCUGGAGGUGCUCACCGCUGGUCAAGGUGGUCUGGAGGCCCUCAUUGCUGGUGAGGGUGGUUUGGAGGUGCUCAUUGCUGGUGAGAGUGGUCUGGAGGUCCUCACUGCUGGUGAGAGUGGUCUGGAGGUCCUCGCUGCUGGUGAGGGUGGCCUGGAGGUGCUCACUGCUGGUGAGGGUGGUCUGGAGGUCCUCACCACUGUGGAUGCCAGGACUGUCUGGAGACAGGUUUGAUGGUCAUGACAUGGAAAGGGGUGCUGCUGGCAUCUGGUAGCUGGAGGCCAGGGUGCUGCUCUACACCCAUAGUGCACAGGAUACCCCACAGAAGGAUCUGUCCCCAGCCUGGUGGAGAGGGCUACACUGACACCCCAGCUUGGGCUCCAAGAUGGAUGCGCUGCCUUGUUGCUCCAGCUCAGGGUUAGAGAGAAGCUAUGGAGGAGAGCUCUGCCUGCUGUCAUUGGCGCCCACAUUUGUGGUUCUGUGGUUGGCCUGACCUGGGUGUUGUGCCUGGCAGAGAUGGGCUGGCCCCACAUCCGAACACAAAGCCAUCCUGUCAGUACAGUCACCCCGAGGGGUAGGGCUGUCUUCACAUCAUCCUGGGAAGAGCCAGCACUGAGCAGAGCCACUAUGGUCAGUGCCCAGGCAAGACAGCUCAGAGCGGAGGUGUGGAACGGGUGCCCUGGCUCUGAGAGGACGCACCCGAGCCUCACUCGCCAAGGCCUCUCCCUACACAUCCACACAGGUGCAUUCUGGUAUGUCCUCACCCUGACACACUGCCCUGGCUGGUGAUCUCGGCCAGGGCACUUCAGGACUUGGUCCAUGCAGAGGAACGAACUUCUGCUCAAACCAGCAUCAUCCUCCAUUCUGAGGGUGACCCUGAGCCAGCCUGGGUGACCUCACCUCCACCUUAUGUGUUAGAAGGUGCUGGGUCCCACUCCACCUGUGGAGUGAGAGGCGCUGUGUGCUUUGGCCUUCUGCAGAGCAGGCUCCCACACAGGCUGGGAAAGAGGCCUUGUAGGGGGGCGUAUUUUUACUCUUGUCUGUGAAAUCAUAUUUUUUCUAAUGCAGGUUGGGAGAUAGACUUAGUUUUUAAAAAAUACAUGAAUUUUACCUAUAGAGUCCAGUGGAAAUAUGUUCUAUAUGCCCAGAAACCUGGUCAGCCAGGGUGUCGAGCACCUUCUCCUGUUGGGUAACCAUUAGCAAGAGCUUGCCCUGCCCCCCGGCCCUACCCAGGUAGACUGGUGCCUUGUCAAGUGUGUGUCUGAGGGACCACUGACGGUGGGGCCCACCUUCCCUUCCACAGCGCCGUCAGGGCAGGCUGGGCCAUGGGCACUGGUUGGGGAGCAGGUGAGGUUCCAAGACACCUGGGCAGCUGGGUGAGCUAGGCAAGUGUGGUGUGGGACAGCUGCACUGUGUCCCUUGCCGCCCCCCAUCUGGGAGUCAUGUCCCUGGCCCUGCAGCCUCUGUGCUUCUAGGAUGGUACAGCUCGAAUAGCUCAUCUGUGUCAGAGAAAAGCGUCAGCCCCUCUGUGCCCACCAGGAAAGCCACACCAGGACACAUGCCACAGACGAACUGCUGUGCCGAGGUGUUACUCUGCAUCCCGUGCCGUUGAUCGGGAUUUUAGAGACAUAGUGGAAAAGCUGACAGGAUUGAGAACUUGGAGUUUUUGAGAAAAAUCUUAAAUGCUGAGGACAUUUUAACGAGUGAGGGCAGGAAGAUUUUUGUUUUGUUUUGCCAGCUAAACGUGAAGUAUUGAUUUCUAGUCAGUCGUGGAACUCUGUCCUCUACCCAGUCAGUCCCCUUUUGAGGUCCCUAGGCCGCAGCAGACCCAAGGAACCUUUCUGGGUGGCUUUGGCUGGGGCCCCGGGCCGGUGGGGAUGUCAGCGUCGUAAGGAGGUGUCAGGUGGAAACGGUGCUUAUAAUGAGGCUGACAUCUGGGACCAGGCGUGGGCCGGGCCAGCUGUUGCUCCCUCCUUCACCAGUGUCCCUCAGUGCCAGAAAGUUCUGCUCAUUCCCAGGCAGUGACGCCAAAGAACUGCAGCUCAGAUUCUAAGUCUUAAUUUAACAUUGAAUUAUCAUUCAAAGAUUUUUUUUUUGUAAUUAAAAAUAAUUAUUCCAUUUUUAAAUGUACAAUCCCAUGCUUCACAAGAUACUAAUUUCUCUAGAAUUUUAUUCAGACAGUUUCACUUAUCACUUGUCUCCCAUAGAAUCGCUGCUUUCUCUGUAAAGACAGCGUUUGUCCAUCUAACUUCAAACAGGUGUGUUCUGGAGGAGGCGAGGGUGUCCACAAAUCUGUGCCCAUGGCGCUCACAGUUCUGAGAGUGGAAGUAACGGGCGGCAGGGGUGGGGACCACACUCUCCUCUCUUUUUUAAAAGGAAAAUUUGACACAGGUGGAUCUUUUCCCAUUUCUAAAACUGUUUUACACAGAGAUUUAAGGUAUGCCAAUCAUAACUUUGAUCCAGCAAGAGAAAUAAAAUUAGCCAACUUUCCCAUCUCUGAAUUCUAUGGGGUUAGAGAAUCCCUCAAAAGAUUGCUUUGUGUCAGUUCCAAUCCGUAUAAAGGGCGGGAUGUCCGUGUUGGUGUGCGUCCUUAUCCCCUAACAGGUGUCAUGUGACAGGUCUCCCCCAGGUGUGAGGGGACAAGGGUGCUGGGCCCUAGGCCCGCGGGCAGGGCUGUGCCAUGGAACUAGGGAAACCACUGUGAGGUGCUGGGAGUGGGCGGAGGUGGAACCGUUGGCUCCGUUGUGGCUUUCAGGGUGUAUUAGUUUUCUCAGGUCCGCCCUGUCCCUGGCAGCGCUGUCUGCACUGCUCUGCCUACUGUCUCGAAGGACCAGCACAGAGCCCAACGGCUCUGGUCGCGUGUGCCGCGGGCAGUGGUGGGUAAGGGCUGGUGGCAGCUCAUGGGGACUAAAAGCACAGUUUACGGAACUUGAAGGGAGUGAGCCCCCAAGGGAUUUGCUUUCCAGACUUUAGGUUACACGCUCUUAAUUUGGCUUUAGAAUUUGGGUAUUUUAUAUGAAUGUAAAUCAGCCAAGAAACGUGUCACGAACAAGCAGUGCUCCGUGUCUCUGUAUGUACAUUUGUGUAUAUAUCACCACGUCACCUGCAUGAGCCUCCUCCACACGAGACCAGCUGGACCGAGCAUGAGACACUGUCACAUGUAGACACAGGACUGAGACGUCUCAAUAAAAACACAUUGUUUCACUA